AUUUGACCUUAAUCUUUUCUGCAAUGAAGGGUAUUUACGUCUUUACAUCAUUUCAAUUUGUCCCCAAUGGCCAAAAACCCUGGUGGCUUUCUUCAAUUUCAUUGCUUUGUCUUCAGCUAAUUUCAAGACAAGUGAUUCCGCCACAUAAUUCAAAGAAAUGGGUGACAAAAAGAAAAAGACUUUCAUGUUCAUUCGUCUUGUCUCGGCUGCUGGAACCGGUUUCUUCUAUGUGAAGAGGAAAAGUGCUAAGAAAGUGGCUGAGAAACUCGAGUUCCGCAAGUACGAUCCUCGUGUAAAUCGCCAUGUUCUUUUCACUGAACAAAAAAUGAAAUAAAGGUUGAAGCUGGUAGUAGCAGCUAUUGAAAUCAAUGUUACUCCUAGGUUCUGUUUCUCGUUGACAAUAUCAAAUUUUGCAAAAGCUUUGAAUAAAUUGACGUGUGUUUCUA